GCUCGCCUCUCACCAGACCCGGUGUUGUCAGUGUGCCAGUGUAGUGUGUGGUUUUGCUUCGUCGCCUCUGGUGGGCUGAUUAAUUUCUAAUCCUUUCAUAUAAUAUUUUUUACACCAUGCCGGAGAAACCACCUUCUGCCAUCAAGGACUUCUUGGCGGGCGGUUUUGGCGGGGCGUGCACGGUGGUGGUGGGGCACCCACUCGACACUAUUAAGGUUCGACUACAAACUCAACCUAUUCCAGAGCCGGGUAAAAAAGCACUGUACUCAGGAACGUGGGAUUGUGCUCUAAAAACAAUUCGAAAUGAAGGUUUCUUUGGUCUUUACAAAGGCAUGGCUGCUCCGCUGAUUGGAGUUACACCAAUGUUUGCCAUUUGCUUCUUGGGCUUUGGCAUUGGUAAGAAACUACAACAGACGUCACCUGACCAGAAACUAACAGCAGUUCAACUUUUCAAUGCUGGGAUGCUGUCAGGAGUGUUCACCACUGCCAUCAUGACUCCAGGGGAAAGGAUCAAGUGUCUACUACAAGUACAAGCAGCUGGUACAGGUCCAACAUUAUAUAAAGGCCCCAUUGAUGUAGUAAAGGUCUUAUACAGAGAGGGAGGAAUUCGUAGUAUUUAUAAAGGCACCUGUGCUACACUUUUACGAGAUGUACCAGCAUCUGGUAUGUAUUUUAUGACAUAUGAAUGGCUGAAACGAGCACUGGCUCCUGAGGGUAAAGAAGGAGAGCUAAGUCCCCUGCGAACCAUUGUUGCCGGUGGAUUUGCUGGCAUGUUCAACUGGCUUGUGGCUAUUGGACCUGAUGUUCUCAAGAGUAGACUGCAGACUGCUCCCGAGGGCAAGUAUCCAAAUGGUAUCCGCAGUGUGUUUAUGGAUAUCAUUCGCACAGAAGGUCCACGUGCAUUGUUCAAGGGAGCAGCUCCAGUAAUGAUACGAGCCUUCCCCGCCAAUGCUGCCUGCUUCUUAGGCUAUGAAGUAGCUAUUAAGUUCCUCAAUAUUAUUGCCCCAAACAUGUAGGUGGUAACAGCACUCUCAUGUGUUGUGUUUGAAAAAAUCAUAUAGUUGACUAAGCCUUGAGAUGGCUUAGUAUACAGAUAGUGACUUUCGAAAUUUAGUAUAAAAUGGAGGUGACAAUUGUUCCAUCUCUCUCUCAUAGUUAUAAUAUAAGAGCUAGUGAUUAUGUUCAGGAAUGAAAUAAAUUAGAAUAGUAGGUGUCUUGCAGAUGUUGUUUUUUGAAAGAUUAAUAAUGAACAGUUAGGUAAAUGUGAUAUCCCACAACUGCCAUGGUAGGCUAUUUAAAGUACUGUAACUUGUAAAUAUAAUGUAAGACUGAAAUAAAUUUUUAUACUGAGGAGUUUACACUAGCCUUAUGAACACUUGAAAAUAACUGCAGUAAAUUUUUAUGGAUAUCCCAUUACUGCUUUGAUGUCAAGUGCAAUAGGUUUGUGUUUUAAGUUAAAACAGUGAAUUUAUGCCAAUAUAUUUUCUUAAUACAGUACUGUACAUUAUCAAGAUAAAAGUAUAUUUGUCUGUUAAUUAAUCUUUCAUUUCACUUGAGAUAUACAGUACAUAAUAAAAACUUCUGUUGCACCUUAGAUAAUUACCAAUAUCUCAGGGAACAUCUACAGUGGUCCUCAGUAAUCUGAUCUGUGCUUUUUAAUUCAAAUACAAAACAAACCAUUUUUUUUAAAUGUUCUAGCAAAUUAUAUACAAGUAUAAUUAGGAAUCAGACAUUUUUGAGUAUACUUAUUUUAAUUAACUGUCACAUGCAUUUAUGUAUAAAGAGCUUAGAUGCACUCAAUGCACUUAGUACACACUGUGAUGCACAUUGAUCUGUAUUUUGUUAUCCAAAUGUAGAUACUGUACACAAGCUGAAACAUUAUCCCUCCACCAAAUGCCUUGUAGUUCUUUUGAAACUGGCAUGUUGUUAUAUGCCUAAAUCAUUUCCUAUUGACCAAACUAAUAUGUUUUAUAGAGCAGCUGAAUCAAAUUAUACCCUUGGACAUCAAGAAGCCUAAUUUGUCAGGUAAUGGACGAAUUACGGUAAUGUACAGUACAUACGGAACAUCGUGUCAGAAGCUUUUGGGCAUGUUUGAAUAAGUAAAUCUUGUAGUAGCUUGUACAGUAAUAAUGAUAAAAGUGAAAGUGAGAAACAAAAAGAAAAUUGUGCACCAGUUUAGUAUAGUUAAAUAAGCAAUGCAUGGAAAGGUUAAUAAAAAAUUAAAUUAAAGAUAAGAAAGCUAAAAUUGUGUGACUGAAGAUAAAAAUGGAUUUAGGAAGUCAGGAACUUGGGAAAGUAUCUUUGGUGUGAGAAUUUUAGGGUUUAGAGGUUCAGGUAAAAUGGGUAAAAGUGAGGCUAAGGAAAGCAGAGACCGGAAUUGAUGUAUUUAUAUACCUGUAUUAAAUAUGAAGCUGAGAGAUGCAAAAUUGGGAGGAAUGGUAAAGGCAUGAGAAGUUCCUUGAUUGAAGUACUCUAUGCUUAUGGACACAGUUGUUCCAAGUUAAGUUUUUGGAUAUCAAGGUAGAUGUUAACUUCUAAAUCAUCACACAAGUUGUAGUGCAAAAGUGAGUGUGGUGUUAGGUCUUGUUUGGAAUUACUGCUGUUUCAAGCAGUUAUUAACAAUGCAAUUAAGUUAAUGAACCUUCUACUGUAUGUAAGAUAAGGAAUCCUUAAAAACUUUAAUUUUAAAUGAUUAGUUUCUCUUUUGAUGUUUGUUACAAAAAAAGAGGUGUGGAGCUGGUCAAUAGCUCUUAGUUUAAAUAUAUUAAUUGACUAAGCUCUACAUAUCAAUACAGCAACAAACAUGUGAUGAUAUUUUUGCUAAAGAAUCCUCCUUUGUUUGGUUUAUGUCAUGCAUUAUAAAUAUCUACUUCCUCUGGUAACACCAAGUACAUUAUGCAAAGUACAAUGAUAUGCAUUUUACAAAGUUAAUUUAGGUGUUGACUACGUAAAGAAAUAUUAAAAAGACCUCAAAACAGUGGUGAAAGGAAAUUAAUAAUUAAUUUAAAUUUUGGCAUACAUUAGAAUGAGGAACACAAUUGCCAAGUUGAUUUGACCAAGUUAAGGAAACCUUAAAUGGAAUGAGAAGGCAACGGUGAAACCUUUUUUGCCGACUCUUAUACAGUACCGAGGCAGAUCCUUUAUGGACUCCGCAUUUUUUAUUUUUACCCAUUAAAACUCAGACAACGAUAAAGAAAUAUUUGUAUGUUGCAAUAUUUGUAUAAAUUUAAUUUUGAACUGCUUAUGAAGGCCCUCUUGCAAUUGUUUAUAUUUCUUAAAAUUUUAAUAAGAACCAAAUAAAAGAUGUGUUGAUUGAA